AAGUAACCGUUGCAAGUUUGCCUUUUGUAGUGCGGAGGUGCAGCUGGAAUCAUUUUCAGUGGGCGCUGAUUUUUUCUACAGACUUGUCGAUGAAACGGAAUGGAUUAGCUCAAGGCACCUGGACAUGGCAACCUUUCUUAUCCGGAAAAGGCAACUCUCUCAUCCGUUGGUAUUUGGAACUGACUGGACAACGGCAGAUUGUUGCUUGCAGAGCCGUUCAAACCGACUGCUAGGAAACGUGGAUCGAAGAAGGCAGCUGCUUCAAACACCGUUGACCUUCCACCCAGGUACGUGGCAACACGGGUAUGCCCAAGCUUGGACAAAAGUCCGGAAGGUCUAUUUUCCAUAUAAUCUGAAAGGGUCUCACUGGGUUGCAAUCGAAAUUGAUUUCGUCAGACAUACUGCAACUGUGUAUGACUCCUAUGUUGAUUUUACCAAACGUUCAAAGCUGGCACGAGUGCUGUACGAUAUGCACUUUUAUGAAGAUUCUGAGGUUGAAGAGGUUAAGCAAAAGGGGCUGACGAUGUCGAUGUUUACGCCAUUCUCAGUGUGCAGCAUUGCAGAUGUGCCACAACAACGAGAUGGGUAAGCUUUGUGAAUUUAGUGCAGUUUAUCCAAAUUUUACAUAACUGCAGUUCUAAUUUCCCAACUUAUUGGCCUCACAGUACGUCUUGCGGAAUCAUGACCGUAAAAUUCAUCGAGCAUCUCAGUGCUGGGAUUUCGUUGGAUAAAGUUGACCCUUUGAAGAUCAAAUAUUACCGACUGAAGCUUGCAAUAGAGGGUUUAAGGGGGGAGGCAUAUUUAUGAGGUAAAUGUC